AUGGCAAAACAAAUGAGAGCCUGCACAGUCGCUCACAUGAAACGAUUUGUAGUUGCAGGAUACCAUGAUGAGGCCCAUACAAAGGCCACAGAAAUAGGCAAGCUUUGGAGAGCAACAGGUCUCUGCAGCAGGCAAGAGGCUACCAAAGAUAACAAACUCCUUGAAAAAUCCAGCCUGGAGCAUUUCAUCGCGAAGCUGCAGACCAAGCCUUGGGACGAACAGCAGGGCCUCCCUCCUGCCAGACCCACGCAGGAGCCCUCCGGCCGCGACUUCGACGAAGUGCUCCACUCGGCGCAGCGGCUGGUGAAGAAUCCCAGAGACCACACACUGCAGCCGGAGAUCAUCAACGAGCUGGCCAUCCGCGUCUGCGAGUGGCACGUGCUGCUGAGAGCCAAGGAUGCUGCGCUGGAGGAGCAGAGGAGCAGGUUGGCCGCACUGGGCGGGCAGCUCUCGGACCUGGAGGCCCAGCGCCGCGGGCUGCGUGGGCAGGCGGAGGAGCGCAGCCGGAGGAACGGCGCCCUGAAGGGAGCGUAUGAGGCGCUGCACGGGCGCUUCUGCCAGCGGGACGGGGAGCUCCGCCGGGCGUCCGAGAGGGGCGUGGAGCUGCUGAGGCAGCUCAUGCAGCAGAAGACGGCUGUGGCCGAGCGCGAGAACCGGCGGAUCGAAAGGGCAAGGCAAGCCAGGCUGGCCAAGGAGCUGAAGAAGGCGACCAGGACGGUGCUCAGCAUUCAGGCAGAACCGAAAGAAGGGAAGGUGGAUAAGCAGAAGCGGGCCAGCCAGAAUGUUCCUGACGAGAAUGGAGAGAAGCUGGUGAGGAGACCAUUUAGAUCCGCUUCCGCCACCUCCAUGACCCUCACCAGAUACGUGGAUGUCUUCAAGGGUUUGUUUGAUUCCAGGCUGAAACGUGGGAACUCCGUGAGCAGCAUUUCGACGGAUCGGUGCUACAGCAUUCCUUACUCUGUGGUGUCCUGCCUCCCGUCCAGCGUGAGCGACAUGCAGGAAGCCCAUGCCUCGGAGGUCAACGCCGUCAAGUUCAGCCCCAAUUCCAGCCUGCUGGCCACCGGAGGAGUAGACCGGCUGAUCAGGCUCUGGAAUGUGGCUGGAGGGCGCCUGGAGAAGACGCAGGUGCUGCAGGGGGCCAACGGCAGCAUCACCAGCAUCGAGUUCGACCCCUUGGGGGCGUACGUCUUGGCCGCCACACACAACAACGCCGCGCAGCUCUGGACGCUCGGGGACUGCCAGUGCAAGGAGGUCCUCACGGGGCACACGGACAAAGUGACGGCGGCCAGGUUCCGGUCCACCCAGUGGCAGGCGGUGACGGGCAGCCGCGACCGGACCGUCCGGGAGUGGGACCUGGGCCAGGGGGCGUGCUCCAGGACCAUCCAGGUUUUCUCCUACUGCAACGACCUCGUCUGCUGCGACUCCGUCCUGGUCAGCGGGCACCACGACAAGACGAUCCGCUUCUGGGACAGCAGGGCCCCGCUCUGCACGCAGGUGAUCCCGGUGGACGGCAAGGUCACCUCGCUGAGCCUCAGCCAGGACCAGAUGCACCUCCUGAGCUGCUCCCGGGACAACGCGCUCAAGGUCAUCGACCUGCGCAUGCAGAGCAUCCAGCAGGUGUUCCGGGCCGAGGGAUUCAAGUGCGGCUCUGACGGGACCAAGGCUGUGUUCAGCCCGGACAAGAGCUACGCCCUGGCGGGGUCCGCGGACGGCACCCUCUUCCUCUGGAACGUGAAGACGGACCAGCUCGAGGGCAGGCUGCCCGGCGUGCACCGGUCAUCGGUGAAUGCAGUGGCCUGGGUCCCCUCCGGCACGUACAUCGGGAGCGUGGACCGAUGCAAGACGGUGGUGCUGUGGAGGUAGUGCCGGCACCGGGAUCGUGCAGGGGACGGGGACCCCGGCCCCCCUGCCGCAGCUCCCACCGCGCCAG